AUGGAUCAGGCUCUGGCUCUAGCUCAGGUGGAAACAAAGGAGGAACUAGCUUUGCCGCUGGCUCAGGAUCAGGCUCUGGCACAUCCACUACUGGAAACAACGGAGGAACUAGCUUUGCCGCUGGCUCAGGAUCAGGCUCUGGCACAUCCUCUACUGGAAACAAAGGAGAAACUAGCUCUGCCACUGGCUCAGGAUCAGGCUCUGCCGCUGGCUCAGGGUCAGGCUCUGGCACAUCCUCUACUGGAAACAACGGAGGAACUAGCUCUGCCACUGGCUCAGGAUCAGGCUCUGGCACAUCCUCUACUGGAAACAACGGAGGAACUAGCUCUGCCGCUGGCUCAGGAUCAGGCUCUGGCACAUCCUCUACUGGAAACAAAGGAGAAACUAGCUCUGCCACUGGCUCAGGAUCAGGCUCUGCCGCUGGCUCAGGAUCAGGCUCUGGCACAUCCUCUACUGGAAACAAAGGAGGAACUAGCUCUGCCGCUGGCUCAGGAUCAGGCUCUGGCACAUCCUCUACUGGAAACAAUGGAGGAACAAGCUCUGGCUCUGGCUUCGGAUCAGGCUCUGGCUCUAGUUCUGGCGGACACACAGGAGGAACUAGCUCUGGCUCUGGCUAUGGAUCAGGCUCUGGCUCUAGCUCAGGUGGAAACACAGGAGGAACUAGCUCUGGCUCUGGUUAUGGAUCUGGCUCUGGCUCUAGCUCUGGCGGAAACAAAGGAGGAACUAGCUCAGGCUCUGGCUCAGGAUCAGGCUCUGGCACAUCCUCUACUGGAAACAACGGAGGAACUAGCUCUGCCGCUGGCUCAGGAUCAGGCUCUGGCUCUAGCUCUGGCGGAAACAAAGAAGGAACUAGCUCUGGCUCUGGCUAUGGAUCAGGCUCUGGCUCUAGCUCAGGUGGAGACACACGAGGAACUAGUUCUGGCUCUGGCUAUGGAUCAGGCUAUGGCUCUAGCUCUGGCGGAAAAAAAGGAGAAAUAA